CACUACGGCUAGGACAGACUUUGGAAAUUGCUGCUUGGUAAAUUUCAUAGUUGGGAACCUGCCACAUGGGGAAAAUACCCUUGGGAAGUCACCUCUUGGGACAAAACCUUUGGGAAAUCACUUUAUCAAUAAAAUCAAAUGUUGAUAUUACAAGAGUUGACAUCUAUCGACCCAAUACACAAGAAUCUCUGGAAAGAAUAUUUUCAAACGGGCCCUCUCGGAUGAACCUACCCUAUCUUAGGAAUGGUUUGCAGCAUUGCAUUACAGGUUUUAGGCUUCAGGCUCUAUUCCCGAUGAAAAGAGAGGAACAAGAAUCUGAUUUCAAGCCAGCAACGGAUUACCAAAAAGUUAAACCUGUGACUGCUAGAAUAACUUAUAUCGAAGCAAAGAAAAAGAAACAAAAAGAGCAAAAGAGAAAAAGAAAAACGGAUUCCUUCCUGGAGGAGGAGAGAGAAGAGGAGGACUGGUUGGUGCCGGAGAAACCAGAAACUACGAUGACUAGUAAAGAACUUGAAGUUUAUCAUAUCAACAAGAAAAUACUUGAUCUAGAAAUGGUUUAUGGAAAGAUAAUAAAAAGAAUUCCGUUGUCCAUGGAAGAGAAUUCUCCUCCUUUAUCUCCAACAAGCUCAAGGACUGCAGCGUUAUCAACUCAAACUAAUUUGGAAACCGCCGAGGAACAAGAAAUCUAUGAACCAGCUGAUUGGGGAAAUCAGAAAUCAGCUGAAUCUCUCGUUAGUCAGAGAAUAAAGAUGGAUGCCGAAGCCGGAGAAUCAAUCAACAAAUCAAGACGUAAAGCGGGGAAAGGCAAACGCGGCAUUGUAAAAAGUUGGAAUUGAUCGGAGGAGAAAAUACUCUAUUUGAAAUCUGUUGUCUUAAAUACCAAAUUUUGUGUAUCUCUUGACUAUGACGAUUUUCAACAAAUUUUGAAAUAUUAAAUGAAUAAAUAAAUGGUCAUGAA